AUGUCUGCCUCUACCCGUAUUCCUCCGAUCGCUCUGCCCUUCGUCAGCGACCGGGCUAAGAAGACUCUCGACUUGGUCGAGGAGUUCGUCGAGAAGGACUGUAUCCCCGCCGAGGCCAUAUUCUCCGCCCAGCUCGGUGAGGGCGAGAAGAGAUGGCAGAAUACUCCCGUCGUGAUGGAACAGCUGAAGGAGAAGGCUAAGAAGCUCGGCCUAUGGAACAUGUUCCUGCCCAAGAAUCACUUCAAGCAGGGCGCUGGCUUCAGCAACGUCGAGUACGGUCUGAUGGCUGAGUUGCUGGGCAAGAGCAAGAUUGCCUCCGAGGCUACGAACAAUGCUGCUCCCGAUACUGGUAACAUGGAGGUGCUGGCCAAGUACGGCAACGAUUCCCAGAAGCAGGAGUGGCUUGCUCCCCUGCUCGACGGCAAGAUCCGCUCUGCUUUCCUGAUGACCGAGCCCGACGUUGCGUCCAGUGAUGCUACCAACAUCGAGUUGAACAUCCGCCGCGAGGGCAACGAGUACGUCCUCAAUGGCUCGAAAUGGUGGUCCUCCGGUGCCGGUGACCCCCGCUGCAAGCUCUACUUGGUGAUGGGCAAGUCAGACCCCAACAACAAGGACACCUACCGCCAGCAGUCCGUGGUUCUGGUGCCCACCGGCCUCCCCGGCAUCACCGUGCACCGCAUGCUGCACGUCUACGGCUACGAUGACGCUCCCCACGGCCACGGCCACAUCACCUUCAACAACGUGCGGGUCCCCGUGUCCAACAUGGUUCUGGGCGAGGGCCGCGGCUUCGAGAUUAUCCAGGGCCGUCUUGGCCCCGGUCGUAUUCACCACGCCAUGCGCACGAUCGGUGCCUCCGAGAAGGCUCUGGAGUGGCUGAUUGCCCGCGUCAACGACGACCGCAAGAAGACCUUCGGCAAGCCUCUUUCUUCGCACGGUGUUAUCCUGGAGUGGAUUGCCAAGUCGCGUAUUGAAGUCGACGCUGCUCGUCUCGUUGUGCUCAACGCUGCUAUAAAGAUUGAUCAGGGUAAUGCCAAGUCUGCUCUGAAGGAGAUUGCGCAGGCCAAGGUUCUCGUGCCCCAGACUGCGUUGACUAUCAUCGACCGCGCUGUUCAGGCUUACGGUGCUGCUGGUGUCUGCCAAGAUACCCCUCUUGCCUACAUGUGGGCUGGUGUCCGUACCCUGCGUAUUGCUGAUGGUCCCGAUGAGGUCCACCUGGCGCAGCUGGGUCGUCGGGAGAACCGCGAGCGUAAGGAUGCCGUCGUUGCGAAGCUCAAGUGGCAGCGUGAGGAGUCGGAUCGCUUGCUUAUUGCCUCUGGGUUCAAGGCUAAGAGCCAUCUGUAA